AUGGCCGCAUUGCAUGAUCAUGAGCAACCUCAACUACGAAGCAGCUGUCAUGCCUGCGCAGCAUCUAAAUUGAGAUGCUCGCGCGAGAAGCCAACUUGCUCCCGCUGCUCAAAGCGUGGUGUCCCCUGCGAAUAUGUGGCGGCGAAGAGAGGAGGCCGAAAGCCAAAUAGCCGACCGAGCACGAGCACGACCGUCACCGGAAGCGGAAGUGAAAACCGCAGUCCGAGUGCUUCAAACACCGCAGUCAAUUCCAAUGCAAAUGAUAGUGAUAAUGUGAACUGGUUUGCCACUCCUUCUGCAAAUCAACGCGUCGAUCCUUUGCACUCGCCGGACAGUCUGCACAUGUCCCCUCAAACGAAGAGCUAUGUGGCGUCUCCAGACAUAUUGCAAGACUUGUUCGGUCCUAUGGAUCAGAUGCUGUCUUUGGGACCUCCCGAUACGGAAAUCGACCUGACAGACUACAUCAGCCCUCCAAUGUCGUUUUCUGCGGAUAUGGCUGACGUCCCUUUCUUUGGGGCCGUAGAUUUCUUCUCGACGGGGAUGGAUGACAGCAAUAAUGGCAGUCUUUCUGGAAGCUUCCCCGCCUUUGACGUCUCCGAGCUCUUUGCUGUUUCCAUCCCAAGCCCCGCACCCAAAGAUCUCAACUCCGCCGACAGAGGGUUUCACAGUUUUCAAGAAAUCCACGCAACCGAGUCACCCUGCUCGUGCUUGGUUCGGGCCCUUGGAUUGAUGGCCAAGCUCUUUCCUUCGUCUUAUCUCGAUCAAAGCUCUGCACCGUUGGCGAUCCAAGUUGCUAUCACCCAAAAUGAAAUCACCAUCGAGGCUGUGAGUAAGAUGUUGGAGUGCUCGUGUUUGCAGGAUGGCUACCUGCUAGUCGUUGUGUCUCUCAUCAUAUUCAGAGUGUUGGGCUGGUACGAGGCUAUUGCACGCCAAAAGACGGGCACACAGGAUCCUCCAGCGAACUACUCACGCUCAUCGUCUGGCUCGUCUUUAUCUGGAUUGGUGGUCCAGUGUUCCACCGUUGGUAAGCAUAACCUCGAUGGAGCGGACUCACUACGCAUGACAGCGCAGCAAGUCCUCGGGGAACUCCACAGGGUGCGACGUCUCAUCGACCAACUAUCAUCGAAGCUCAAAGUGCAGGCGGCAAAGGAGUGGAGAAGAGGUGAAACUGAGGUGUCGGCAAACUUGGACUUGGAUCUCGAAAUGAAGUUGCCACUGUCGGCUGCAAUGUAUAGUCAGCUUGAUGUGGACUUAAAGAAGCGACUCCGGGCGCUUUCACUGGAGAUGAUAGAUCGAUUGAGGCGACUCUGA